GGCCUCGCUGACUGGCAGCUGGGGUGGUGGGCACUGUGCGAUGGCGGGGGCUGAGGGACUCAUGGCUGAAGUAAGCUGGAAGCUCUUGGAACGAAGAGCCCGGGCCAAGCGCUCAGUUUUAAAAUUGGUGUAGUUUAGCGUGCAACGCUUAUGAUAAGAAUCAACAGUUUGAAAUGGCCAACUCACCUGAUGCAGCCUUCUCUUCACCUGCUUUGUUAAGGUCUGGUCUCAAGUCAUGUGUCCCAAAGUUUCUGAUCAACGUAUGUUCUCCUUUUCUCUCCUGCCUUUGAGCAGUGUGCUUUGCUAAUGCCUUAGGAUGGUUUCCAUGACUGAGAAAUAUAAGAAGCUCAGUUUAUGAACCUCUUAAAAGCAUUAAUCUUCCAAGACCUGAUAAUGAAACUCUAUGGGAUAAGUUGGAUCAUUAUUACAGAAUUGUCAAGUCAACGAUGCUGAUGUAUCAAAGUCCAACUACCGGUCUCUUUCCUACUAAAACAUGUGGUGGAGAAGAGAAGUCCAAAGUGCACGAGAGUCUGUACUGUGCUGCGGGUGCCUGGGCCUUGGCGCUAGCAUACAGGCGCAUUGAUGAUGACAAGGGACGGACCCAUGAGCUGGAGCACUCGGCCAUAAAGUGUAUGAGAGGAAUUCUCUACUGCUACAUGCGGCAGGCUGAUAAGGUCCAACAGUUUAAACAAGAUCCCCGGCCCACAACAUGUCUUCACUCUGUUUUCAGUGUGCACACUGGGGAUGAGUUGCUCAGCUAUGAAGAAUAUGGCCAUCUUCAGAUAAAUGCAGUCUCACUCUUUCUCCUUUACCUGGUAGAAAUGAUUUCCUCAGGCCUCCAGAUAAUCUAUAACACGGAUGAGGUUUCUUUUAUUCAAAACCUUGUAUUUUGUGUAGAGAGAGUUUACCGUGUUCCUGACUUUGGUGUCUGGGAAAGAGGAAGCAAAUAUAACAAUGGUAGUACCGAACUGCACUCAAGCUCUGUUGGUUUAGCAAAAGCAGCCUUAGAAGCAAUUAAUGGAUUUAACCUCUUUGGAAACCAGGGGUGUUCCUGGUCAGUUAUAUUUGUGGAUCUCGAUGCUCACAACCGCAACAGGCAGACAUUGUGCUCACUGUUACCCAGAGAAUCACGCUCUCAUAACACAGAUGCUGCCCUGCUCCCGUGCAUCAGUUACCCUGCGUUUGCCUUGGAUGAUGAAGCACUGUUCAGCCAGACACUUGAUAAAGUGAUAAGAAAAUUGAAAGGAAAAUAUGGAUUUAAGCGUUUCUUGCGAGAUGGGUACAGAACGCCAUUGGAAGAUCCCAACAGACGCUAUUACAAACCAGCAGAGAUUAAGCUGUUUGAUGGCAUUGAAUGUGAAUUUCCCAUAUUCUUCCUUUACAUGAUGAUCGAUGGUGUUUUUAGAGGCAAUCUUGAACAAGUCAAGGAAUAUCAGGACCUUUUGACACCUUUGCUUCAUCAGACCACAGAAGGAUAUCCUGUUGUGCCAAAGUACUAUUAUGUGCCAGCUGACUUUGUAGAAUGUGAAAAAAGAAACCCUGGUAGUCAGAAGCGGUUUCCAAGUAACUGUGGCCGUGAUGGGAAGUUGUUUCUUUGGGGACAAGCUCUUUAUAUCAUUGCAAAACUCCUAGCUGAUGAGUUAAUCAGCCCUAAAGACAUUGACCCUGUCCAGCGCUUUGUCCCACUUCAGAAUCAACGUAACGUGAGCAUGAGAUACUCCAAUCAGGGCCCACUGGAAAAUGACUUGGUGGUUCAUGUAGCACUUGUAGCAGAAAGCCAACGCCUUCAAGUUUUUCUCAAUACAUAUGGUAUUCAAACCCAAACUCCUCAGCAGGUGGAACCCAUUCAGAUCUGGCCUCAGCAGGAGCUUGUAAAAGCUUAUUUCCACCUGGGAAUCAAUGAAAAGUUGGGUCUGUCUGGAAGGCCAGAUAGGCCCAUUGGCUGCCUUGGUACAUCAAAGAUUUAUCGCAUUCUAGGAAAGACUGUGGUUUGUUACCCUAUCAUCUUUGACCUGAGUGAUUUCUACAUGUCUCAGGACGUUCUGCUGCUCAUAGAUGACAUAAAGAACGCACUACAGUUCAUUAAGCAAUAUUGGAAAAUGCAUGGACGCCCACUUUUUCUUGUUCUCAUCCGAGAAGACAACAUAAGAGGUAGCAGAUUCAACCCAAUAUUAGACAUGCUGGCAGCCUUUAAAAAGGGAAUAAUUGGAGGAGUCAAAGUUCAUGUUGAUCGUUUACAGACAUUGAUAUCCGGAGCUGUAGUAGAGCAGCUUGACUUUCUACGAAUUAGUGACACAGAAAAGCUUCCAGAAUUUAAGAGCUUUGAAGAACUAGAAUUUCCUAAGCAUUCAAAAGUCAAACGGCAGAGCAGUACCGCAGAUGCUCCUGAGGCGCAACACGAGCCAGGCAUCACCAUUACCGAGUGGAAAAACAAAUCCACCCACGAAAUCCUUCAGAAGCUGAAUGACUGCGGUUGUCUGGCUGGUCAAACCAUCCUGCUGGGUAUACUGCUCAAAAGAGAGGGCCCUAACUUUAUCACAAUGGAAGGAACUGUGUCUGAUCACAUUGAGAGAGUGUAUAGAAGAGCUGGCAGCAAAAAGCUUUGGUCGGUUGUACGCCGUGCAGCAAGUCUUUUAAAUAAAGUAGUGGACAGCCUGGCCCCAUCCAUUACUAAUGUUUUAGUGCAGGGCAAACAGGUAACUCUAGGUGCCUUUGGACAUGAAGAGGAGGUCAUCUCUAACCCACUGUCUCCAAGAGUGAUUAAGAACAUAAUCUAUUAUAAGUGCAAUACCCACGAUGAGAGGGAGGCAGUCAUUCAGCAAGAACUGGUCAUCCACAUCGGCUGGAUCAUCUCCAACAGCCCUGAGUUGUUCAGCGGCAUGCUGAAAAUACGCAUUGGGUGGAUCAUCCACGCCAUGGAGUAUGAACUGCAGGUCCGGGGCGGGGAUAAGCCAGCUGUGGACUUGUACCAGCUCUCGCCCAGUGAAGUGAAGCAGCUGCUGCUAGACAUUCUCCAGCCUCAACAGAGUGGAAGAUGUUGGUUGAAUAGACGUCAGAUUGAUGGGUCAUUGAAUAGAACACCCCCGGAAUUCUAUGACCGAGUGUGGCAGAUCCUGGAACGCACACCUAAUGGUAUCGUUGUAGCUGGAAAGCAUUUGCCACAGCAACCAACUUUGUCGGAUAUGACCAUGUAUGAGAUGAAUUUUUCUCUCCUUGUUGAAGAUAUGCUGGGAAACAUUGACCAGCCAAAGUAUAGACAGAUCAUAGUUGAGUUACUAAUGGUCGUAUCCAUUGUGCUGGAAAGAAACCCUGAACUGGAGUUUCAAGACAAAGUGGAUCUGGACAGACUGGUUAAAGAAGCGUUUCAUGAGUUUCAAAAAGAUGAGAGUCGGCUAAAAGAAAUCGAAAAACAAGAUGAUAUGACUUCCUUUUACAACACGCCCCCACUGGGAAAAAGAGGAACCUGCAGCUACUUGACGAAGGUUGUGAUGAACUCACUGCUCGAGGGAGAAGUCAAGCCCAGCAAUGAGGACUCCUGCCUGGUUAGCUAGUGCGGCUGGUCCUGUAGGGAGCAUAGGUGAUGGUUUUCCAGCUGUGCCUUUUGUGUUGACAUUAACCAGACAGCCAUUAGUGAGUGAACAGAUGUGUUAGUGUGGUGGGUGCUGUAUUCUGUUUGUCAUGAUUGGACCUUUGCAUGCAGGUGGCAUUCGAAUGGUAAGCAAUGAUUGAAAUCAAGCGGAACCCGUUUCCAUGAUUUGUACCAGCAACUCUAAUCUUCACUGAACCAUAGAAAUAGUUUAUGAAUCGAAAAUUCACAACUGCAUGUUUUGUGAUCAAAUAUUCCAUCAAAAUUCUGAGUCUUCGCUUCUUUAGACUUCAUUUUGACCUUCCUGUAUUAGAACAAGCCUGGCAAGGGCUGAUGCUGUCCUGGGACUCACAAGGUACUGGAGGAUGGUGAUGGCUAUGCCUCUGUUGUACCACAAAACCGAGACGUGUAACACACAUCAGAAAAACAAAAUUAGCCCCUGGUAUUUAACUUAAGAAGCUUCAUUGUUAAUAAUACCAUGUUGUACAGAACUGUUAGAUGGUUUUUACCUUGUAAACAUGACUGUAGUUUUGUAUUGAGCUGCAUAUAAGGGUUGGACUAAAAUAUAAUAUAUCAAGCAUUUUCUGAGCAUCUGUUAAAUAUAGGAAUACAGAAGUGCCAGUCAGACAGAGCUGGGAAUCAUGAUACAAUCCAGCCUUAAAAAUUAGACAAAGAUAAGAAGUAGAUUACUUGUCUUAGUGUGUUAAGAGAAGUUAUGAUAAGAUGGUCCGGAUGAAGCCAUCUGUAAAACCUAAGCCUGAAAAAACAGUCAUGAAGCCCAUGCAGAAAGAGUAACUUCUGGUGGUUGAUGGGCAGGGAAGAGAAAUUAAAGAACGAGAGGGAGGAAAAGCCCUUGAAAUAUUUAAAACUUGUUAAAAUUCAGAAGAAAGUAAACACUUGUAUCCUUAAGAAUUAAAUUUUUUGAUUAGCUGAGCAAAGUUGCAAGGGAAACGCUGUCUUAGUUAAAAUAGACAUCACUUGCAAGUCUGUUUCUGAAUGAGCAGUUAGCUUCCUAUUACAUAUGCAAAGUUUGGAGCUUUCUUCUGCUGCUUGAAAGCAUUCGAAAUCAGCAACUGUGCGUCAGCUUUUUAAAUUGUGAAAUGCAAAAUUUAUUGUUCUGCAAGAUAUUUUGGGAUGAUCAAUAAAUCUUGAUGUUCCUCCAUCAGAAGCAAUGUCUGCUUUCCAAUUAGAGAAACAAAAUAAUCCUAAGAAUCAGAAUACAGAACCCAUGAAAUUUAGAAGUCCCAUUUGAUCUACAGAGUCCACAUGUUUUACCAGCGGCACUAGAGGCUGACUGGAUAUAUUAGCACAUGUACCGAGGCAAGACAAGCCUUAAACCUGAUCUAAAGCCUUCUCUGUCACACUGGCAGGUUCUCUGUGCUAAGUUUAUAGUACAAUCAACGUCUGUUGGAACUCCUGACUGAAUAUCAAAUUCAACUGCUUUUCCAGAGCACUGUUAGAAGCAUGAUGUUUUCCAGGCUUCCUUUCAUUUUAUUUAUGACUUUAAAAAAAUCAUAUUUCAGCCUUUAAAAAUCAAAAUGUGAGAUCAUCUUGCUGUCAUCUUCGAUGAGCUUGCAAUGUCUUAUGGGUGCCAACAAAUAUUUGCUGAAUAACUGAAUACAUUCAACUUACCACCCCAAGUAUUAAAUAGAUACCACGGGGUGGGCACCGCCCCGGCAGCAGAGACCCAUCCCAACUAAACUAAAGAGUCUGGAAGCAGCAUAGUGGUAUACAGCCGGAUAGCGAGAGCCCUGUGUCAGAAACUAAGCGUGUGAAUGAGAAGCAAGGGAGGCUGGACUCCUAAAGCAGCAGAAACCUUCCCAGAAGGGGCCAGGCACCACAUAAACAUAGAGAAGCAGCAAACGGCCUGCAGGAGUUUGUCUAUGACCCUCAUAUUCUGGCCUCACGGAAGCUGAACAGAAAUGAGGACAGGUCCAUGGGUAAAAGAAGAAAAAGCCUGAUGCAAUUAGAGAGUGGGGUGAGAAUGGUGUGAGCUCACUCCAGGAAGGAAGAAUGGAGGAUGUUGUUGUAAUAGUGAGAGCUCUUCUCGCAGCAGCUGUGUUGUAGCAUCCACUUACUCCCCAGCAGCAGCCCCUGGGUUGAAAAAGACCUCUUCUAGUCUCACCGAACUGUAUGGACCCCAAAUGCACGAUCCUUUGAACAGGUACAACUAAGUCAUACUAGGACAAUAGCUCAGAAUAAACUGGGUUUUUGCCCCAGUGACUACCACCAUUUUGCUGCCCAGGGAUCAGGAAACUAUUGAGAGUGGGCAUUUUGGCAUUUUAUCUGAGGAGGCAGAUGAGCAAGAGUGACCGUGAACCCUCCAGAGUUGUGGCAUCUGACAGCACACAGACUGAGAAAUGGCACCUCUCACCGUGUCUGUUACCUGCAGGAUAAGAUGUGGAUCCUUAGGAGCGGAUGUGGUUGGUGAUCACACUCCUUGCCCUUCUUUCUCUUUCCUAUAAGGUUCUUUGAAAUUAGUUAGGUCUGCAUUUGUUUUGCUUCGUCAAGGACAUAGAUCUUGUUGCCAUGAGCAGGGCACACAGUUUAAAAUAUUCUCUGACAAACUAAACCGUGGCUUUUUAGUAGUAAUACGUAGUCACCCUUACAGAUGAGUAUCCAUCCCUUCACUUCUGUUUUCCCAGAAGUUAUCUCUCUUCUCCCAGCUAGUAGAGGAAACUGCGCCCUGCUCCUCGGUGUCAGUGUGGACUUGCUGGUAGGCUUUGCAUGAGCCUCCCCCAACUCAGUUGUGUGGCGUUGUUUUACACAGUGCUGGGAACCAAACCUAGGGAUCUGUGCAUGCGGGGAAAGCACUGUACCCCUGAGCUACCUUUCCUUUCUCCUCCCAGUGCUGUUUCUAUUCUUUUUAAAAUAGGUAUCGAUUCAGUAAAAGGAAAGAGCUCACCGUUGAGAAACAUAGAGAAACUGCAAGAGGAAUCCUAGAGAGCUGAAAUGCCAGUGUUCCAGUUUUAUUGGAAGCGGUUCCUCCUUUGGUUAUUAUUUGGUUGUUAUUCUUUGUGUGAAUGAGAAGCCUCCCAAUGGGACACACUGUGGAACAACUGUAGGCUCGAUAUUUGUCUCUAUUUGGAUGGCAGCUUGAAAGGGGCUCCACACUCCCUUCAGAAUCUCCACAUCCACUAAAAUAAGACUACCAUGUCAAGCAUUAAUAGUCCUCAUUUGUCCAGUUACAAAGUCCAACAAGAUCCAUAAGUUAUUAUAAGCAAACUGUUUAGAAAAGCAGUUUUUUAGACAACAACAAACCUUUUUAAAGGCUAGUUUGUAGAAAUGACAUGAUCGAAUCAGAACCCUUCAGGAACUCUCCACUGACGAUUUUAUUUAAGAAUCAUGCAGAAGGGAUGUAUCUUAUGAAAAACCACGAAAAGAACUGCAAUGAAAGAUGCUGAGCCCAGCUUGCUUUGUAGUCUUUGGUUGGCUUGGUUUCCAGCUGCUCUCCUCCAUCUCUAGAGAUGGCUAUGUUUAAUUUCCUGACACUAACCCAGUUCUAGUUUCAGGAAAGCCACCUUGUGUGUGUUUUAUCUUACAUAUCUGUGUGUUAGGACGUUGGUAUUUUUGUCUUUUUCUUCCUUGGCAGAGCCUCGCUGUCAGAGGUUCACCUGAGGUGGUACUGGUCGUGGGUGCUGUAGAGUUAACAGGUCAGCGACUCUCCGCCAACUGCGAGUGAUUGUCCUGAGCAUAUUCCAACAAAGUGUGCUCCCAGCAGUUCCAGGACUCCCUCCUCCUUCCUCUGCCAGGGCUCAUUAACGAUGGUUCAGGGUGUGCAUCCACACAGAUGGGGGUGAGUGGGGAUGAGUUUCUGCCUAGAAAAUCUCUGUGGAGAUGUUUUGUGGUCACCGUUUUCACCUAUCCCAUAUAAAACUGAACUUACUUCCUUUUCAUCUACCCCAUCAAUAGAAUGUGAAAUGUCUUCCUGAUCCUUAUUGGGACCCACUCAAUGAACAUCACACACAUCCCCCAUCACGCCAGUGAAGAGAAGCAGCAGCCUGGACCUCCCUUCCAUGCCUUGAGAAACAGGAGUAGAUAAGAGUGAAUCCAUGCCUGGCCUUCAGCAGCACCAAACCACUACUAUGGACCCUUUCUUCCUGAGGGCUACAUUCUCCUCAGUUGUCCUAUGGCCAAGGUGGCAGGACUAGGCUGGUAGCCAUCAGGAAAGAAGCCAGGUUCAGACAGGAUGAGGUUCAGAGGGUCACGGCUCCAUUUGAAUUGCUGAAACCCUGCAUAAGCUAAUUCAGCCUGCUGAGCAUCUACCAGACUUGGUUCUGUACAGAGACUGAAAGAAAAGACAGAUCAGUGAAAAGACAACAUAAAUCCCAUUUGUCUCUAUUUAAGGGUCAAGCUUGAUUUCAAAAUGGUGGCCAUAGGCAACAGCUCCAGGAACAAACCCUAAGUCCUAGGAAUUAGGCCAUAAGACACCAACUUCAGGAAGAAACCAUAAAAUCCAGAAACAAGGUCGUAAAAACCCCUCCCAAAGAACAGCCUGGGGAUAACCACAAAAAUGGGAAAAUAUCUUAUCGCAGGAUGGGCCAGCUGUGCUGGGCAGCCCUAUCUCCUCCUAUGGUUAAACAUCCAUGACAUAGGGUUGUAGACCACUGGCCACCUGUGAUUCUCUAACACCCACCAAUUAAAUUUUAGAUUCCCUAAUCCUUCUAGAGAAUUCCCUGGGUUUCCUGUAAGAAGGCCUGUGUGCCUUUGUCAAAAAAUAGUUUACCCCUACAUGCUGAUUAUUUUUGCAGAAUAAAUGUUCUCUGUUUUUGCAUGC